AUGUACCCUCAGGUGGCUCCUCAGCUUUUUGCCAGAUCAGAUGCUCUGCACAGACAGCAACAGUUGCAGCUCAACACUCGUCUCAUGUCUCACAUCAGCUCUCUGGAUCCAGGAGAUCUGUGUGUAUGUGAGGCUGUGCAGUGGGUGAAGGACAACACCCUGCCCUUCUUGGAAAACUGCCAGGCCUCGUCUGAGUGUGCUUCUGAAGAAGUCAGGGUUAAGGAAAUGCUGCAUCGCAUGUGGAUCUACAGCCAUCACAUAUACAGGCAGGAACUGAGGAAAAAGAUUUUUGACUGUGCUAAGAAGUUAAAUCUGACUGGCUUCUGCCUAACUGGGAAACCUGGUGUCAUCUGUGUGGAGGGACUCCAAGAAAACUGUGAGGAGUUCUGGCGUGUUAUUAGAUAUCCCAACUGGAAGCAUAUUUCAUGCAAGCAUGUGGAGAAUAUAGAAACAGAGGGAAGCAUUGAUAAUCUUCGUCUCUUUCACAGCUUUGAAGACCUGCAGUUUCAGGCACAUGGUGAUUAUGGCCUGAGGAAUGACUAUCACAUGGAUCUUGGCCAGUUUCUAGAAUUCCUGAAACAGCAUCAAAGUGGACACAUUUUUCAGAUUUUAUUUGGUGUUGAAGGCAAACUUUCAGACAAUUGA